UGGUAAUCUGUGGGCGGAUGUGAGGCUACACUAUCACUGAGGAAACCCACAAGAGAUAAGUUGACCUUGUGCGCCUGUGCUGUAGCUGCUGAGACAUUCUGGUAUGGCUGCCUGCAACAAACAGGAAGCCGCUGCAUCCUAGUACUUCUCUAUAAGGCCAGAGGGUUCUGAUGUCGUACACUGUUUAUUGAUUCUCUGGUCUGGCAUGUGAUGGUCCGAUACAUAUGAUAACCUAUUUGUGAGAAACAGGCCCGACACUAAUAUUGCCACUCAGCGUGUACCUCAAGACCCACUUCACCGCACAGGUGCCCUUUCCCAAGAGAGAGAGAGAUAAACUAUGCGUCUGUUUUGAUAAUGGAACGUAAUAAGAGAGGCAACAAGGCAAAACAGAAACAUCAUGUGUUCAACAACAUGGAGGCGACACAGUACCACACAGCAGACGACCUGGAAAAGAUUGACGUGCAGAUCCGGCCAGCCAGACCCCCUCUUUCUGAAACUGAAUACACAGACAGGGACAUUCGAAGACGUUUGACUGCUAAGAGUCUAUACCCAGAAUCUGCAGAGAGCCAUCUCAUUCAUACUAGAUUUGCCAAUAAAGAACAAGCUCAUAAUCCAGGACCUGCUGUCAACCGACAAUUAAAGCCAGGCAGAGGAAGGACUCCAUUGGAUGGGAAAAUGCAGGUUGUGAAGACAAAAGACAAGAACAUUGAAUUCUCCAAAAGGUCUCCUAGGCCCUUGUCGAGUGGCCUCGUGCCCCUGCUGUCUGAAAUGGAGCUCAAGAAACCCUGCAUGAAGAAAACAAACAUAGGAAUUAAAAAUGAAGUAUGUGAAACUUCAUCAGACCUACAGUCUACAGAGAGUAACUACCCCCAUAGAUAUUCUUUGGACCUUGAACAUCCUGACAUGAGGUUACAAGAAAGACACAUAAUUCCAGUAGAGAGUACCUCAAGAAGGCGCCAAAACCAUGAAUGGCCUCCCAUUAAAGGUGACCUUGAACAGCAUGACUUUGUUUCUAAGGAAAAGCCCACUCUGACGCACAAAAAAGACUGGUACAUAGGAGCCUGUGAACGAUCAGAAGCAGAGCAUGCCCUACACCUAGUGAACAGGGACGGUGCGUUUUUGGUGCGGAAUAGCUCUAAAAACUCUCCCAGCGAACCCUAUGUCCUGGUUGUGUUACAUGAAAAGAGAGUUUACAAUGUGAAAAUUCGUUUCAUUGAUAGCACCUGCAAGUAUGCUCUGGGGACUGGCCAACGGUCAAAUGAUAUGUUCGAUUCUGUGGCAGACAUCAUCAAAUUCCACUCCAUAUUUCCUGUUUCCUUGAUCGAUGGGAGAACUGUGUCAACUAACACAUUUCAGAGGAACUGUGUGUUGAUGUACCCAAUCACAAAAGAGGAUUUGAGCCAACUCUUGAUAUGAAAUAUGGCUACCUAUCGACUAAGAGCAAAAGGCUCCAGAUUUAUUAUUGUAACAGCUACAUUUGGGGCGGGCGGGUGG